CAUAUUAAGUGCAUGAAGGUCAUUGUGAAAUCACCUUUUGAAAUAUUUAGGUGAUGUACAUUUCGGAGAUUUUGAAUUGGGAUGGAAAGUACAAUAGCAACCUAAAAUAUAGAAAUGUUUGUAUGAAGAGCCUUAAUUCUCCUGUUUCUGAUAUCAUGCGACAAGGAAUCCCAGAGAAAAACCUUUGUUUAUUGUUUUGUGGCGGAUCUAAAUGUAAAUAUUGCAACCCUUCAUCAUUUUUCGACGUAACCAAAAUGCAUUUAAAAGGCUUAUAUUCUACUUGGUAUUCGUAUUAUUACAUAUAAGGUUUAGGAUUACACAAAAUAUUCUGGCAACAUCUAGACCAAGUGAAACAUUAAUUAAAGAAUUUGAUAUAAUUGAGCAGUUUAAAAGAAUGGGUAUUCGCUCCAUAUUUAACAUGGAAACAGCAGGGGAACACAGUAGUUGCGGCUUUGGUGUACUUAGUUCUGGAUUUUCAUAUGACCCAUUAAGCUUCAUGAAAAACAAUAUUGCUUUUUACAAUUUUAGCUGGUGUGACUACGAUGUCGCAUCACUUCAGUUCAUUUUGGAUACAGUGACGGUAAUCCAGUUUGCAAUAUUUAAAGGAAAAAUCGCGAUUCACUGUCAUGCCGGACUUGGUAGAACUGGUGUAAUAAUUGCCUGUUAUCUAGUAUUUAAUAACCGCAUCUCCGCUGGAGAAGCAAUACAAUAUGUUAGAUUCCGAAGACCGGGGUCUAUACAAACCCAGAAUCAAGUUGGAUGCGUAUAUAAAUUUGAAAAGUAUCUGAAUCCUUAUCGAAUAUAUUUCGGAUCACACGGGCAGUUCAGUUUAGAAGCAUUUCUUAAACGUCAGAACGUUUUAUUGCAUGGACCGGAAAGAAUAAGGCUAAGAAAUAUUCCAAAAAUUAUAUACAUGUGUUGCAAACUGCUUGUCAGAAUCAUCGUGACAGGAUGCACAUCAGUACAAAUAGAUUCUUCAAACUAUAGGAGUCGAAUAGUAAGUGAUCAAAACAAUUGUCAAUCAACAAAAAGGCUUUCCACAACAGAUGUUACACAAUCAGAAGCUUUUACUAGUUGCCAACCAGAUGAAACGACUGAACUAACGAGUACAACUGCAGAUUAUUCAUAUGGAAAGAAUUCUCCAAAUCAAAGUGUAGAUGGUAAUCAGUCUGUUGGUGCAAGCUCUGUUAUUAAAGCUCUGCUUACUACACAAUAUCCUGAAUCAGUUGUGAAUGAAACGGAAUAUUGGAAAAAAAAAUUCAACAAUGAUCCUGAAGCCUGGGAUGAUUUUGACAAAACUUCAUUCAAUGCAUUGGUCCUGGUGAAACUGAUAGAUGAUUGGUUGACACAUUUAAAGUCUCCAGUGCUUCGAAUGCAAGACUUGCUCAGCUUACAACAAAAUCCUUUAUUUGAAGAAGAUAUAUUAACUUCUCUAGAGAUUUUCGAGAAAGUAAUAUCGAGGCAAUCCGUACAGGAUGCACACGUGCCAAUAGGAUACUGAUCAGUCGCAGUCCUAAACAUCAAUGGGAAGAUUCGAACAAACAGUACCAAAUGAAUACAUUGGUGAAACAUUUUGAAAAAUAUAUAUUAACUGUUUAUGAUUUGGUGAUACUAGGAAUCUGUUUCAUGCAACUGUGGAAAUUAUGGCAUUAAUUCUUUGCGGAAAAAUUAUUAAGAUUUAUACUUCAGUUUUGAGAGAUGAUUAUUUGUGUUCUCUGAAUAUUGUAAUUGAAUCUUCACCGCGCUAUCAAAAAUUAAUAAAUGAUAAUAUCAAUUCUUAGUUAGUCAACAAUCGUAACUGCUUUCAAGUUGUAUUAAAAUUUGACUGAGUGUUCAUUGUAAUUGUGUGCAGUUUUCCAAAAAAUUUGAAGUUAGUCAUUUUGUCAACAUGUUAAAGUUAAAUGGUAUAUGUCAAUAAAAAUCAAAUAAACUGUCAAUUGGCAAUGUGAUCUUAGGGUUUUUCAUCAUUAUGAACAAAUCUUUACUAAUUGCAUUAUUCUGUUUUUUUGGUUAAGUAUGAGCAGUUUUAUCUAAAUAUGAUUUUUUCACUACUUGUACAAUUUUAAAUGUAAUCAGUAUGCAAAUUAUUUAUUUGAAAUAACUGAUAUUAUUUUGAACUAAUUACGACUGAUUCUUUAAUGUGAAUUACUUCACCAUGUUCCCUGUUAUUUGAAUGAUUAAAUAUUCUAUUAGCUUUCUGAGAUCAAUUUUAUAUUGAACAUUUAAGAGCCAAUAAACUGAAGUUAGUCUUAGUUUUUUAUUCGAAAUUUAUUUGAUAUAACAGAUAAAAUUCCAUGAUUAAGCCUGUACUCUUCCUUUGGAAAAUAAUAAUUAAUUUCCACGUGAAUAAAAAUGUUUUAAUCUUUUCUGUGUGAAAAUUAUCAAUUAGAAAAAUGUAAGUGCUAUUUUCAACGUCUGAUAUGGUUAGUAGUUCAGUUUUACGGAUUAGUAAUUAGGGCUACGAGAACAUGAUCAGUUUACCUUUCGGAUGAAAAUAAGCUAUGAUUUACACGACUAAUCAACUUAAUAUACAUAAAUGUUUUAUGGAUUUUACUUCUGUGGACAUCUAGGAAUUGCGUAACCCAACUGCCGGUAUCUAAAUCUAUUGGAGCAAAAUGUGUAGAUGUAUCAUGUAGUACUAACCUCAUAUGAUUGAUUUUCAUUUCUAUCUAUUGUAUGAAGCCUGUAAGAUAGAACUUCUCAAUUUUAUAUGAAUUAUCGAUUUUGCAUAUUAAGUCAAUACAUGAGUAAGUGUAUGAGUAAAGUUUAGUGAACGAAUGAACUAUUUAUUAAAACAAGAGUCCCUAUUAAAGCGACUAAUAUAUCGACUACUUUGUAUACUUGAAAUGAAUGUGUGUUGUUAACAAUUAAAAUUGAGUUAAACAGCUUAUCAUUUUGUAUCUCUCCUGAAAAUUGAAAUAUAUUUAAUUAUAUUAUGAGUAUUGAAUUAGUCUGCAUAAAUUGUGCACGUAACUUCAUGCCGUAAUUAUCAAACAUAUUUAGAGUAAAUGGUUGAACAACUAGGUUCUCAGAGUGAUUAUUGGUAACGUUAAGCAAAGGGUACUAAGAAAAGAUAGAUAAUUGGUUGGUGGAACUGUGAAUUGCGUCAGCUGAGUUGACUAGAACGGGCUUCACUUAUACCUAAUCGCCCACCUACUAAAUGGGUAAUCUCAGGUAGAGGAAGCAGAACCAAAAUGUGUCAUCAAUUCACGAAGUCACUGACUGUGGAUCUGAGCCAAGUUGUCAGGUGCAAAAUACCUGGUUGAGGACAAAUGAUAUGAAAUGACUCAUGAUCGGUCAUAACGACUCAGUUGUAUUUACCUUUUAUCUUGAGUCCCAGCAUUCCUUUAUACAUACCUUUUUUUGUAUUUUUGAAUCAUAUUCUCAAUGUUUUGUCUUCUUCGUUACCUUUUCUACUACAUUAUUUUGACUUUUUCGCUACCUGACUUAAUAAUUUUAUCUUAUUUUGUUAUUGUGGUAUGGCUACUUGAGUCAGCAUACAUUUAUGCCAAGCUCUGCGUUGAUUAUGACUGAUUAACUAAAAGAACUUUGCUAUUGUGACAUCACAUCAUCUUUUGCCAUUUUCAUAACUGACUUUUGCUUGAUUAUAAAAUAUCAAUAAAGUUCUCAUUGCAUAAUGUAUAAUAAAAUAUACAAACGAAUAAUAUUGCUAUUAAUUAGAUUCCUCUCAGUUUUUAAUUCAACAGUAUGUUGAUAACUUAUACAAAUCAACUUAUUCUAUUCAAAGUGAGAUCAGAAAACAUUGUUCGUUAAUAAAAGUAUAUCCGAAUGUGUAUAUAUCAAGUUAACUCCUUAUAAAAAUACUUAGAUGAUGAUCAGACUGUUAAUUAAUUCUGAGCAACAAAAAAAUCCAAUGAUUAAUGAGUUGUGUAUGCUAUUUAUUUUACCUUCUAAAGUGUUUAUCUUUUAAAUAUAAACUAAAGUACUGAAUUAUAUCGGAAGGGGUUUUGUGCAGAUUUAAGUAAUUUCAGUAGUUGAGAUCAUGAGUCAAUUAAAGCUAGAACACAAUGAAAAACCUGAAAGCAGUGCACGGCCGUUUCGUCCUAGUACGAGACUCCUUAGCAGUACGCAUCCACGACCCUAGCCCCGCGAAACUCGAACCCAAGACAUAUCAGUCUCGCGCGCGAGCGCUUAACGACUAGACCACUAAGCCAUUCGGCAUCCAACGGUGCUAAUGUUUAACUUCAACUAAUCCACAAAGUUGCGCCACCGCACACCGUUGCCGUCCAGUGCUUCUAGGUCUUCCAUGAUGGUCUAGCUUCAGUCGAAUCAUGAUUUCGACUAUUGAAAUUAAUAACAUCUCCACAAAACCUCUUCUGAUAAUAAUCAUCUGCCUACCAGUGACUGACUUCAAAAGGCAUUUCCUGGAGUUCUAGUGAGAAGCCGUAAUUAGUGGAGUUCAACCAGGUCUGUUGUGAGAUAUCAGCUCACUGAAGACAAUGGUGCAUGUGCCACGCGAUUUCGUGGAUUAAUUAAAGUUAGACAUUAACAUAGUUGGAUGCCUCUUAAGUGGUCUAGUGGUCAAGCUCUCGCGCGCGGAACCAGCAGGUCCUGGGUUCGAAUCUCGCGAUGAGCGUAGUCGUGGAUGCGCACUGCUGAGAACUCCCAUACUAGGACGAGACGGCCGUCCAGUGCUUUCAGGUUUUCCAUGGUGGUCUAGCUUCAAUUGAUUCAUGAUUUCAACUGUUGAUAUUGAAUGAUAUAUUAGAUUACUUGCAUCACUGACAAACUUAUUUUCUUUAAAAUCUUUUUUUUAGCCAGUCGUUUGUUUAAUGAGUU